UUUUUCUUUCUUUCGAGGGUGGGUGCGGCUCUUUGGUUUACAAGGAAGCAAUCUUUCUCUGUUCAACCUCCUGCGUCGAUCAUUCGAUCGAUCUUUCGUUUCUUGAUAUUUCAGUGUUCGAGUAUGCUCGGAAUUUCCAGAGAUAACUCCUACGCUUCAGUUAGUCCCACGCAGUUCUAUUUUGUUUGGGAACAUUCUUAAUAUAGAUCGUAUUUGUGCUUCUUUGAUCUGCAUUAGGAACUGAGCUAUAAUACUUCAGUUUUAAGGAGAACAAUGUCUUCCCCGAGUAAGAGGAGAGAUAUGGAUGUCAUGAAGCUGAUGAUGAGUGACUAUAUUGUGGAGCCAAUCAAUGAUGGAAUUAAUGAAUUCAAUGUGGAAUUCCAUGGUCCAAAAGAAAGCCUUUAUGAAGGCGGAGUGUGGAAAGUUCAUGUUGAGUUGCCUGAUGCUUAUCCUUACAAGUCUCCUUCCAUUGGAUUUCUGAACAAAAUCUUUCACCCAAAUGUUGAUGAGCUGUCUGGUUCUGUAUGCUUGGAUGUUAUAAACCAAUCAUGGAGUCCAAUGUUUGAUUUGUUGAAUGUCUUUGAGGUCUUUCUUCCACAACUCUUGCGUUACCCAAAUCCUUCAGAUCCUUUAAAUGGUGAUGCAGCUUCUUUGAUGCUGAAGGAUCAGCAACAAUAUGAACAAAAAGUGAAAGAGUACUGCGAGCUAUAUGCUAAAAGGGAGAAUAUUACCAACGUUCCCACUGAAGAAAGUAGUGAUGAUGAGGACACAAGUGAUGGGCAAAGCACAACUAGUGACGAUGAUGUUGCGGGGCAUGCAGAUCCAUGAGGUUGAUCCCCUUUCAUUUCCUGUUUGUCACCAACCUUUAUUUGUAUAACUAUAUAUCCAGUUGUUCAUAAACCUUAUUAGGCAGUUAGGGAUGGUUAGCAAAUUAACAUGUCUAGUGAAUCCAACCGUAUGUAGGUGCAAGGGAUCAAGGGUGAAAAAAAAAAAAGGAAAACAAACAAUGAUAGUAAAAGUUAAAUGAAAAUAGCUAAAAUCUAGUUUUUUUUUUUUUUUUUUCCAAUGGAAAAUUUCAUUAUACCAUGUCACUGGACAUUUUGGUACGAUUGUUUCAUGUCCUGUUGUUAAAAAAGCCAGUGCACAGAGAAUUGGAAGAAGUGGUUCUAGGGUGGGUUGCUAAACUUGUAAGCUUUUGGGUUGUUUGGUUAAUUCACAAUAGAGAGCUGAGGGUAAAAAAAAAAAGUGAACCAUUGGUAGAGUUUUCUUUCUAUUUCGUUUUUACUCAAUGAUGAUAAUCCAAUUCCCUUGCAAAAGUC